AUGGAGUUUGAUAUGUCCGAUUUAGGAAGAAUGAGGCACUUUCUUGGAAUGGAAGUGCUGCAAAAUUCUGAUGGUAUUUUUAUUUGUCAAAGAAGAUAUGCACGAGAAGUGUUAGCAAGAUUUGAGAUGGAAAACAGCAAUAGUGUGAAAAAUCCAAUUGUACCAGGAACAAAGUUGUCAAAAGAUGAAGGAGGAACUAAAGUUGAUGUAACAUUUUUCAAACAAAUGGUUGGGAGUCUCAUGUAUUUAACUAUAACUCGUCCUGACUUAAUGUAUGGUAUAAGUCUCAUAAGCAGGUAUAUGUCUAGACCAACCAUGUCACAUUGGUUGGCAGCCAAAAGAUUUUUGAGGUAUUUAAAAGGGACAACUGAGCUAGGCAUUCUCUACACAAAGAAUGAAGGUUUUUCAAAACUCUUGGCAUUCACAGAUAGUGGCUAUGCGGGUGAUCUUGAUGAUAGAAGAAGUACAUCUGGCUAUGUGUUCAUGAUAGGAUCUGGAGUUGUAUCCUGGUCAUCUAAAAAAUAG